AGUGACGCUCUGCUUCCCCGCCGGGUCAGAGUGGAGUGGUUCUGUUUUAGGGAAUCAGCUGUUUGUGUGUGGACGGAAUAUCAAUCUGACAGGAAGAAAUGGCUUCAGCUCCUUGCGCGCUUAUUACGAGCUGCGAUCCGGGCUUUGUGGAGGAGGAACUCGUUAAGCAAAUCUUUGCUGGUGAUGGUCUUUUAGGACCCUCCUCCCAGACUGGAGAAGUCAGAUGGUACCCCUGGACGAUAAACAACAAAUAUUACACGGCAGACAUCUGCCUGUGCGCCGUACCGAACAGAUUCCUCGUCACGUCUGAGAUCGCUGAGGGCGUGCAGGCUUUCAUUGUGUAUUUCGACAGCAAUACAAAAUCUGGCCUGGACAAUGUGUCUUUAUGGCUUCCCCUGGCAGAAGACUGGUCCCCCGAGGUGCUGAUCCUGGUCUGUGAUCGCGUGUCAGAGAAUGGUGUGAACAGACAGACAGCCCAGGAGUGGUGUAUCGCACAUGGCUUUGAACUGGUGGAGCUCGACCCAGAAGAGGUCCCCGAUGAAGACGAUGACUUUCCAGAGUCCACAGGGAUAAAGAGGAUCGUUCAAGCCCUGAACGCAAACGUGUGGUCCAACAUGGAGAUGAAAGACGAAAGAAACCAGGGCUUCGGCCUCAUGAGCAGCCUGGUGGGUUCACGUCAAAGCAGUGGAGCUGCGCACAGCCACGAGCCACAUUCACACAGGUCUGCAGAUGGUGGCUCUGAAACUAGUUCAGAGGACAGCAGGAGAAAUGCUGCUCCAGACCCUGACACUCAGAUCGACACGCUUGUAGAUCCCAUGCUGGAUAUGGAUAUCCAGGAACUGGCCAGUCUAACCACAGGGGAUGCAGACGUGGAGAACUUUGAAAGAUUGUUUUCUAAGUUAAAAGAAAUGAAAGAUAAGGCAGUAACACUACCUCAUGAUCAAAGAAAGCUGCAUGCUGAAAAGGUAGCCAAGGCAUUCUGGAUGGCGAUUGGUGGAGACGAGGAUGAAAUUCAAGGGCUGUCAUCAGAAGACGACAAUUAAAAAGCUGCUGUGAGAUUUUCAAACUGAGAUUUCAUUGUGGAACAUCUCCAACUCCAGCACCUAUUUACCACCAUAAACGCCCUGAUCUAAAAGUAAAGAACAAGAACAACAGUUUCAUUUUAGUGUCUGACAGUAUAGAGUUAAUGCUCACCUGGAUCAACUAACUGUGUCAAAGCAAACCAGUACCAAAGUGUUCCUGUCAAGGACACAUGCCUCCCGCCUCCCGCCAACCACCUGUCAAGUCUUACCAAACUCAAAACUGGAACCGUGUUGCUCACCUGGCCCCUCUUCUCAAUCAUUCCUGUGUUUAAAUGUUGUUUUUUAAAAUGUAGAAAUAGAUGAAUAAACAUGUAAAACCAGUGUAAAGAAAUCA